AUGGCGCGAGCCAAAGGAAAAGGGAAAGCCAAAAUCCCCACAUAUUCAUCAUCGGACUCAACUGACGCAAGUGUUCCUGCGUCACCUCCUCCGCAAAAAGAUGCUCCUCUGGUAAUUGGUAAACCAAAAGAAACACCCAAGAAAAGAACCAGUGAGCCAGUUCAAGAAAAGGGAACGAAAAAGAAAAAGACUUCAAAAGCUCCAGUUGUACAUAUGGAGAGGGCUAUUCAUGAGCCAAGCAAAGAAGGUAGUGGGAAGGAUAUGAGUGACUCAGAGUCUGAGGCAGAACCCGAGACACCUGCUCCUGCUGCUCCUGCAAAAGGAAAAGGAAAAACAGCUCAAAAGGACCAAAGAAGCAAACAAAAGGAGGAAACUGGUAAACCCUCUGGCAAAAAGACUAAAACUGGCAAAAAGUCUGCAGCUGAGUGCGUACUAUCAUUGCCAUCGAGCUACCAGCUGGGCCUAUUGUUCCUUUGA